AUGGAUCAGCUGAACAAGACGGGUACGUUGCUGCCGACCACCUGCACGGUGGACACGGGCUACCGUUUUGCCUACUACCAGGUCUCCUACAGCCUGAUCUUCGUCCUCAGUCUGGCCAGCAACGGCCUGGUGGUGUGGCAUCUCUGUCUGGUGCCGCGGGCCCCAACCAGCACGGCUGUCUACAUAGCCAACCUGGCCGCUGUCGACCUCUUCUUUGCCAUGUCAUUUCCACUGCGCAUCUAUUACUACCAUAACCUGCACCGUGACAACACCUGGUCACCAGGUAGCACCUUCUGCCAGCUGACCUUCGCCCUCAAAUACGUCAGCCUGUAUGGGGGCAUCUUCUUCCUGGCGUGCAUCGGUGUGGACCGCUACCUUGCUGUGGUGCACCCCCUGCAGCACAGGUUGAGGAGCGCAGGGGCUGCCCGGGCACUCAGUGCUGCCAUCUGGUCACUGGUGUUGGCCCUGAGCCUGACGCUGCCUGUGCUGCUGUCGGCAGCCUCGCCUGGUCAUCGAACCUGCCUGCUGGACCCGGCUUUGCCACAGCAACAGCGGCUAAUUGUGGGGGCGUUGGGCCUGGUGCAGGCUGCCUUCCUGCUGCCCGCACUGCUGCUGUUCUGCAGCUACGGGGCCGUGCUGCGCGUGCUGCGCGGGAAAGCGCACCGCCUCCACUGUCGUCGCCACACGCUCGCCGUCAUCUACGUUGUGCUGGGGGUCUUCCUGCUCUGCUUCGCCCCCUACCACAUCAACCUGCUAGGCUACACACUCACCCACCUGGGCCUGUGGCCCAGCUGUGGCCUGGCCAAAGUGACAGCCACGCUGCACCCCGUGGUGCUCUCCCUGGCCAGCGCCAACUGCUGCCUUAACCCGCUCGUCUACUACUUCUCCAGCGGCAUGUUGCACAGACACAAAGGUGGCAGCACUGGCGGUCGGUGAGCUUCUAGUGCUAGUUACAGAGAGAAAAAUACUUUCAAGGUAAAAUUUGUUUGACUGACGCUACCAUGGACCCUGAAAAUCCAACUUCAACAUUAAAAUGUACUCUUUUUUGAGAACAGUUUUAACAUGAAAUGAUAGUGAGGUAAUUAAAUCUUUAUUUGUACAUGCUGAGGAAGUUAUUCUGUGACUA